UAGUUGUGGAAACCACAUGUUGCAAGUGUGCAGAUGCAGGUUGGAGCUGCAGGGUCACACAUUUGCAGCCAAUACUAUUUGUGAUAAGAUACGUGAGCACAGGCGGUACGGCAGUCUGCUGCUGAAGCUUCUCAGACUCAUUUUCCAUGAAGUGAGAAGAGAGUUGUCUGUCUGUCUGUCAGUCUACUGUGAAAUGGAGCGUUUGAUGAUGGCAGUCCUCCUCUUCACUUUGUGUUCGGCUCAAGGAAGCCGAGGUGCAGCCGCUUCUUCUCACGUCAAUCAUACAGAAGAACAAAGUGAACCGCACACACUCAGUCUUUCCCAGCGUUGCUCUGGAACUCUGGGGACUCUUCAGAAUGGCAGCUGGGUGGGAGUCACCCUGAAACCUCUGAGUCUAAAUGAAAAGAAAGCCCUGGCCCAGCAAAUGUGUACAGACCGGCACUGUGGAGGAGUCUUUAAGUUUAGUGAGAAUGGGACAGCACCAAGUAACACCUGCCUGACGGACUGUAUCACCAGAAACUCCACACUGCACAACUGCACAACAGCCCCGGGAAACUGCUCCAAAGUGAUGGAGGUAGUGUGCGAGCACCAGGCUGUCCGGCUGGGUCCAGAUCAGUCCAGUAGCUGUGCAGGACGAGUGGAGUUGAUAGAGAAUGGCGAGUGGGGCACAGUGUGUGAUGAUGAAUGGGACAUAAGAGCAGCAAAUGUGGUGUGUGCCCAGCUGAACUGUGGCACUGCUGUCAGUGUGACGGGUGAGGGACAUGUUUUCGGCCCUGGUAAAGGACCAAUUCACAUCAGCAAACUCAACUGCUUUGGGGCAGAGAGCAACCUGUGGCAGUGCCACACUCAGGGGCACAACGAAAGCAACUACUGCGGCCACAAAGAAGAUGCUGGAGUGGUGUGCUCAGGAAGCCAAACUGUAACAGUUGCCCCAGUCAACACAACUGAACAAAAUAUAACCAACUGGGCCUCAGAAUCUGUUACAGAGACUGUAAUGUACAGGAGCAGCAGACUGUCAGCACCGGUGUGGGGCUGCAUUGUUCUGUCUACAGUUCUGAUCUUAGUUUUAUUAUCAAACGCUGCUCUUUUCAAACACUACAAAAGAAGACAAGCUUGUGUGAUUCAUCAAAGUCAUCAUAACUCAAACACAGGAGAAGAUGGAACCAUGAACAGUCUCCAUGCUGUCAAUUCUCAUGCUGUUACUGUACAAACAUCUGUAUAUGCUGAAUCUGAAGCCAGGAGACCCUCACUGCAUGAUGACACCUCUGAGACCUCGAGUGACUCUAAUUAUGAACAUUAUUAUAACUAUAAUGCCCAGUCCCCACAUGAAGUGGAUGCCAUACAGAUCACAGAUGAAGCGCCGGUGGUUAGUGCAGAGUGCAGUAAAACACAAGAAAAUCCCUGUAUUAAGGAAAGCCCUCUAAAAAACAUGACGCCAAGUUGUGAAGACCAUGAUUCAGAAAGCACAUCUUCAGGGGAAUGUUAUGAAAACCCACCCAAUGAGGAGACACCUUUGAAUUCAGAAGAUGCUUCCCAGCUUUACCCUGAGCACUCACUGCAGAUGCCACCACUGCAACAUCAAGCAUAUCAACCAGCUAAAAGUAACUUGGAGGCGAGUGAUUCGGACAGCACAUCUUCUGGUGAAUGCUAUGAAAACAUAGGCAUGGAAGCUGAAGCUUUUGUCCAACAAUUGGAGAAAAGCACAUCACUUUGUGAGCAGAACCCCCAGAGCCACUACACUCCACAGACAACUUCCACAGAAAACAGCAGCCGUCUUCAAAAAACCGCCCCAGAUUUCCAAGUGGAGGCGAGUGAUUCGGACAGCACGUCUUCUAGUGAUUGCUAUGAAAACGUAGGCGAGGAAGCCGAAGCUUUUGUCCAGACAUUGGAGGGAAGCCCAUCACUUCAUGAACAGCACUGCCCGAGCCACUACACUCCUCAGACGACAGAAAACAGCAUUCUUUUUCAACAAAGAUCCCCAAAUCAAGAUGACAGCAGCACAUCAUCCGAUGAAGCGUAUGAAAACGUGCCAGACAUAGAGGAAGAAGACUGCCAGUCCUCUUCAAGCAAUGACUACGAUGACGUCGCAGACUGGUAAACUUCAAACUGGUGAAAGUCAAAUGCAGAAGCAUUGUUUGGACCUGGGCAAGUGACG